AUGCGUCAACUUCUAUUAGUGUAUGUAAUCCUAUGCGGUCUCAGUUUGGCUCAUCCCUUCUGUCCAUCCCAGUGUACCUGUGUCUUACAUGGACAUACCGACGGAGCAAGAACAAGAUCUGUGGUUUGCAAUGAUCCAGACAUGGCUGACGUCCCAGUCAAUGUCCCUGUGGACACGGUCAAACUUCGAAUUGAGAAAACCAUGGUACGGCGAAUCCCAACAGAAGCUUUUUACUACCUGGUGGAGCUACGGUACCUGUGGAUUACAUACAAUUCCAUAACCUCAGUGGAUUCUGCAGGUUUCUACAACCUCAAAGUGCUCCACGAGCUGAGGCUGGAUGGAAAUAUGAUCUCCGUAUUCCCUUGGGAGUCUCUGAAAGAGAUGCCAAUGCUGAGGACACUGGAUCUACACAACAACAGGAUCACUAAUGUUCCCAAUGAAGCAAUACCGUAUCUCUUCAAAAUUACAUACUUGGAUCUAUCCAGCAACAAAUUAGCCACCCUGCCCUCUGAUCUAAUGGAUAUCUGGCCGCCCUUCAAUGGAGCACCCAUCUUUGCUAACACCUCCCAGAAAGUUGUAUUAGGGCUCCAAGAUAACCCCUGGUUCUGUGACUGUAAAAUUUCCAAGCUGAUUGAGCUUUCAAAAAUGUCUGGGACGCCAGUUGUUUUGAUGGACCUGUUCAUGGCCUGCAGUGGACCAGAGAAUCUGGCUGGUUUCCCUUUUCAGCGUGCUGAACUUGACAAUUGUGUAAAACCAUCCGUCAUGUCUUCAGCAUCCAAGAUCACAUCUGAUUUGGGAAGCAAUGUUAUCCUGCGAUGUGACGCCACAGGGUUUCCAACACCAAGUCUUUCCUGGGCUAAGUCUGAUGGCUCACCCGUCGACAACACAGUCCAGGAGUCACCUGGAGACGGCAUCAGAUGGUCCAUCAUGAGUUUGCACGGAAUUUCGUUCGAAGACGCGGGGAACUACAAUUGCAAAGCUAAGAAUUAUGCUGGCAAUGCAGAAGCCACCAUAUUGGUCUCAGUUGCAGGUGACAUCAGUACCACCAUGGUUCCACUAAGGCUUAGCAAUAAAACUGAACCAACUAAACAAGUCACAACAGUUAUUCCCCCAACGGACACUCCCAUCUCAACCACUAUGAUGACAACAGCUAUCCCAACAACGUCAACAACGUCAACAACGCCAAAAACGACCACAAGCAACAAUCUACAAAAAGGCCCAUUGAAACAAGCAAAACCCCAGCCAGGAGGCAAUGGGAGAAAGCUUGCAGCAGAUGAAAAGAGCAAGAUAAUCGACAAAUCAAAGUCUGUCAAAGACAUUAAGAUUGUAGAGGAAACAUCUGACACUGCAGUGUUGCUCUGGAGAGCAGAUGGGUUACAGAAUGAUGCCCCACUUACAGUGGUAUACUCACCCUAUGAUGAGGAUGACAUGAAAAGGACGGUGGAGACGAAAGCUGGCAGUGGAAAAGUGCUCCUGGAGGGAUUAUCAUCUGGGAUGAGGUACUCAGUUUGCCUCAUAGUAAAAGGUAGUGCGGCUGGAAAAGAUCCUUGCACUGAAUUCUACACAUUGAACGAUGUAGAGGAUGGUGAGAACAACAAGCUUUUCAUUUUUAUAAGCGGCAUUGCCUGUAUUUUGGUUUUGUCUCUCAUUGCCCUUUUAAUGUACAACAUUAUUGAUUUGUACUACAAGGGACAGAACACAGAAUAUGACGAGGAGGAGCUUGAAAAAGACAGCUAUGUCAAAUUUGAGACAAUUUCAAUGAAACAAAGGACUGUAAAUUCUCAACCAACGCAACUUUGGGCAAGAAGAGCAACUCACGAAUCAGAGCGAAUGCUCCUGUGCUCCAGGUCGAGCAAUGACUCCCAAAUGACCUCCAAGAGUGACAGUUCCCGGUGUGAGUAUCUUUGCUGA